CCUUCCCAGUCUGUAGACCUGGAAAGGAAAUCACAUUUCCUUAUUGUAGGCUGUCAGUUUGGGCUACAAAAUUAAAGAUGGCUACGCGAGAUUACCUUCGUCAGGACUGCCAGAUGGUCCAUGGCAUUCCUAUAGUCUAUGCAUUCUCCUUUGACUGGGAUAGAAUUGAAAAUUUCCAGAGUAGGCCAGAUGAUAUUGUGAUAGCCACAUAUCCCAAAUCUGGCACAACGUGGCUAAGUGAAAUUGUGGAUAUGAUUCUGAAUAAUGGUGAUCUUGAUAAAUGCAAAAGAGAUGCUAUUUUCAAUAAAGUGCCUAUGUUAGAAUUUGUUGUGCCAGGAAAGAUGCCAGCAGGCACAGAACAGUUAAUUCAUAUGCCCUCUCCUCGCUUGGUGAAGACCCACCUCCCAGUAAACCUACUUCCCAAGUCUUUCUGGGACAAAGGCUGCAAGAUGAUCUAUAUGGCUCGCAAUGCAAAGGAUGUUGCUGUCUCCUUUUAUCACUUUGACUUGAUGAAUAAGCUACAUCCAGAUCCUGGCUCUUGGAGUGACUACCUGGAGAAAUUCAUGACAGGAAAAACAAUGAUCUUUGGCUCCUGGUACAAUCAUGUGAAAAGCUGGUGGAAUAAGAGAAAUGAUCACCCCAUAUUGUACUUGUUUUAUGAAGACAUGAAAGAGGAUCCAAAGCAUGAGAUUAAGAAAAUCAUACAUUUCUUGGGAAAGAAUCUUGAUGAAUCAGUUGUAGAUAAUAUUGUUUAUCAUACAUCUUUUGAUGUGAUGAAGAACAAUCCUAUGACAAACUACACGAUUGCUCCAACUGCUGUAAUGGAUCAUAAUAUCUCUCCGUUCAUGCGCAAGGGAAUUGCUGGAGAUUGGAAGAACUAUUUUACAGUGGCUCAGAAUGAGGCGUUUGAUGAGAACUAUAAGAAGACAAUGGCAGAUACAACAUUGCAAUUCCGAACUGAGAUCUGAGGCUCCCAUGAGUUGUAAUAGAGCUGCUACUUUUAUGCAAUUCCAUAUAGCAUAUGUCAUUCAAUAUGUUUUGAAUUCUUGCAAGUCCUUGAUUUUAAAGGAGCACAUUCUGAUUUGGCAGGUUACAGAAAAUAUGUACAUGGAUUUGGCAAACGGUUCUAGACAAAAAGAACAAGAGGCUUUUGUGACUUUUCUGGGUUUGGGUUCUUAUUGGUAGUAACUUAGGUCAUAGUCCUGUCUUAAUAUAUCUCCAUAGAAGCACAUCAUUCUUUUUGCUAUUUUUAAAAGCACAUUGGACGGGGAAAAAAAACUGCAGGAAGUCAAAGGAUUUAUUAGCCUCUUCUGCUAUAUUUCCAAAUUAUAGCAUUGGUCUCAUUGGCUGCUAUUAAUUGAAGGAAAAUAUUGGGACAAAAAAAAAUCCUACAAUUAAGCAGGAGUUGUGAAUUAAACAUUAAUAUUUUUGAAAUACAGAGAAGACACUCCAUACAAAAUUAGGCACAAGUAAAAUGUAUAAAAGAUAUUUCUUCAGGAAUUUUAAGGAAAAAUAAUCAAGCUUAGAUAAUUUUAUUUCUAUUUUAACUUUCAAAUUGUGGUAUUUGAUCUUACUCCCCCUCAGAUAACAUUUUACUAAGAAUUUUGAUUAAAGUAAUAAAAGCUAAUACAAAUCUUGGAAAACAAACCAUCACCAACAUUUACCACCCGACCUACAAAUAUAUUCUAUCAUUUCUAUUUCUAGCUUUAAUCCAAUGAAAUAUUGUUAUAGAGUUUAAUUUCUGUUCAGUUCUUCUUUAUCCAAUCACACAGAUUUCUUCAAGGCAUUAACAAACUUCUU